AUCAUGUGGUUUCACUCCUCCUCUAGCUGAAAGAGAAGAUGGCCCAGGCAGUGGAGUUGAAAUUCAAAAUCCACCUGUACCAUAAGCUAGCCACAGCUCUCUCUCCUAGCCUGAGGAGUUUCUUGAGGAAAACGCUCUCCGGUCAGGAGUAUGAGGAGGUCAUCAACACCCUGGCAGCACUCACAGAAACAGCAGGGACAGAGGAGAGAGCGAGAAGCCUUGAGAAGAAACAGGGUCCACCCCGAGAGGCAGUUCCCAGUCCCACAGAGGUGCACGACUUCUUUUCCUUUUGUGUUGAAAAGCAGCAACAGGAGUGGGACAGUGGUGGUAUUUCAGAGUCAUGGGGCCGCCAGUUCGUGGUACAGUACAUGAGUGACUCUAAGUUGACAGGCUUCCAGUCUCUGCUCAACUUCUGGCAUGAGAGGUCUGAUGGGCUAGUGCCAGUUGCCAAGAGGCUGCUAGCAAUCCCAGCAACAAGCAUUCCUUCUGAGCGAGGUGUCCGCUUCCUGGGCUGCCCUGAGAGGGGUUCUGGUGGAAGCAAUAUGUGCUGCCGCAUCAUGGCCUUCUCCAAGCACAUCACCAGAUUUUACAGGGAUAACGUGGCCACCCCUCAUCUCCUGGGACAGGGCCUUCUACAAGGGUCCUAUGGGCCUCCUCAGUGA